UUGGCGAAAUCCAGCAGCAGCUGGUCACACUGCCGCACCUUUGUUUUGCUUGUACUUUUUUUUUAGUUUGAAGGCGGCUUUUCGUUUAUCGAUUUGAUUCGGCACCUGACUGCGCAAAGCGCCCCAUGGCACGCGAUUCUCGCCGAUUGUGAGUCGACUCGCCGGUGGCCCCCAAACCCAAGGACAUUUUGGCCCCCAGCCGGCCGUAUUUGUAUUUGGCGUUGACCCGCGCGCCCGCGUUUUCAUGACCAAAACGGCGGCUGCGAUUCAAAAGCUAAGCUCAACGGCAAAAACAUUCGCGCAGCGUCAGUCAAUCGAGGCGGUACUUAAUCGACUGUAGAUGCCCAUUGCCAUGUCGGCGGCGAGGAACGAGAGCAGCGGAACACCAGGCGUAGCUGAAGGAUCGGAGCUGGCGCCUGCGGCUGGAGCAAGUGCAUCCGAGACGGACAAUGUGACCGCCCUGGAGCUGCAGUCGAACAAACGCGUGCUGUACUUCAGCGACGGCGUCAUGGAGGAGUUGUCCUCCGGCAGCGAGGACGAGGCGGAUGCGGAAUUGGCUGACAAGUGCUACGACGUCCAUUUGAACGAGAGCGAAAUGCCGCUGGGACCACGGCUGCGCUACAAGGCCAGCAGGAUGGGCAACCGAUUCCUGGCCGGAAUCGACUAUGUGGGCGGUGGGCUGGCCCACCUGCUGGGCAUCACCAGCAGGAAGUAUGCCAGCGAAAUGGAGCACUACCAGAGGGCCAAGGAGAACGGCGACGAGGACCUUGACAAUUGGCAGCCGCGGGCCAUGUCGAGCAGCAGCAGCAGCAACAACAACAACAACAACCGAAACGAGACCAUCGUUCUGUGCGGACCAACACGCAGCGAGGCGACCUUGCCACCCACCCGGCAAUAGGCGAAUAACCACCCACCCACUUGGCAGGUGGCGGUUUUCUUGGCAGCAAGACGAAACGAAAUGCUCAUGGAGUACUGGCGAAACUUGGAGACUCUCUUGGUAAAAUCCAAACGAAACGAAUGAAGUCCAAACAGAUCUUAACUUUUCGACACUUUAUUCGCUAGCAAAUAAGUUAUAUAUAAUAUUAAAAAAAUACACAUACAAAAUACAA